AUGGAUACACGACGGCAUCCAGCUGUUAGAGACGCAUCAAACUACGUCCUUCAAAUUAAGAAUGCUUUCCAAUACACUCGCCCCGGAAUUUACGACGAGUUUUUGAACAUCAUGCAUGCGUUUGUCAUACAUCACUCGACCAAGGCGACGACGAUCCAGUGGGUCAACCUGCUGGACGUCCAUUAUCUGGAUAUCAUCUAUGGCUUCAAACAGUUUUUGCCAGAUAGGGAAGCCGAAAGGCUGGUCGAUCUCAGGAUCUUGUAUCUGGUUUUGCAAAAUUGGUUGAGGAGGAGUAGGGACGUGGAGUGGACUCAUCCGGAUUGGAGUCGUAUCUGGGAAACGGAUUCGAUAGGAGAGCGAUGA